AAGCCCUGAAUGGCAGAGUGGAAUCACACCUCAGUGGCAGAGUUCAUUCUCCAGGGCCUGAGUGUCCAAGCAGAGAUGAAGGCAGCCCUCUUUGUGCUGUUUCUGCUCAUCUACACCGUCACCCUUUUGGGCAAUGCAGGGAUAAUCAUAGUCAUCCGAGGUGACCCACGACUCCACACAUCCAUGUACUUCUUCCUUUGCAGCCUCUCUAUUGUUGACAUCUGCUUCUCCUCUGUGAUUGUCCCCAGGACCUUGGUGAACUUCCUAUCAGAGAGGAAGACCAUUUCCUUCAUUGGCUGCAUGGGCCAAGCCUUCUUGUACAUCGUAUUUGUGACGACUGAAUGUUUCCUGUUGGCUGUCAUGGCAUAUGACCGGUAUGUGGCCAUCUGUAACCCCCUGCUCUAUUCCUCUGUAAUAACUCAGAGGUUGUGUGUGCGGCUGGUGGUGGGGUCCUACAUCGGGGGUGUCCUGAACUCCAUCAUACAGAUGACUUUCAUCAUCAGGCUGCCCUUCUGCAGUUCCAAUGUCAUCAAUCACUUUUUCUGCGACGUUCCUCCCCUCCUGGCUCUGUCCUGUGCCAGCACGUACAUCAAUGAGAUGAUCCUCUUCUCCUUGGCUGGCAUCAUUGAGCUCAGCACCAUCUCCACCAUUCUGGUCUCCUACAUCUUCAUCUCCUUUGCCAUCCUGAGGAUCUGUUCAGCUGAAGGCAGACAAAAAGCCUUCUCCACCUGCGCGUCCCACCUGACAGUGGUGACCAUGUUGUAUGGGACGACAAUCUUCAUGUAUUUACGCCCCAGCUCUACUUACUCCCUGAACACUGAUAAAGUGAUCUCUGUCUUCUACACAGUGGUCAUCCCGAUGCUGAACCCCCUCAUCUACAGCCUGAGGAACCAGGAGGUGAAGGAUGCUCUGAGGAGAACAGCAGAAAGACGGCAUGAGCUCCUGAGCCUGUUAAAAAUGAACAGGACGUAUGAAACUAUUACAGGCAACAUUUACGAGCUGGUAUAG